CUCCAACACUUUUCUAUAUUCUCUCACUUACUCUCCGAUGCUCUCUACCACUCUCCUCUGUUUUCAUCCGUAUUCAUCGCUUCUCCACUACUCUUUUCGACUCAUCCCACUCUCCAGUUUUCCUCUUCUCUCUCUUCUCUGUCAUCUAAAUUCACCUCGCCCGCCUUCCUCUCCAAUCCACUUCACCCUACUGCUUUACUCUCCUCCGCUCUCCUCUCCUGUGCUCUAAAUGCCUAUUCUCUUCCUACUCAACCAUUCUACUUCUCUCUUCUCCGUUUCUCUUCAUUCCUCUUGCAGCCACUCUGCCAUUCUCCUCGCCUCACCACUCCACUUCUCGCUUCUGAUUUCCUAGCUUUACACUGUUCUGGUCUGGUCUGCCCUCCUUUGCUCUGA